AUGGCUUCGAGAAGGUCUUCAACCUUUUCGACAAGGUCCAUCAAACAAAGGAAAUACUCGACAGAUCGACAUCAAAGGGGCGCCGAGCUCUCGAUCCGCAUAGAAGAGGGUCGAUCACUGCGGCCGCCGCUGGUCCAGGAAGAAGACAUCUCGACAUCGUUUGUGCAGGAUUUCUUCUCCAAGCCACCACUUUCCAAGAACGUUGCGGCCUCGUUGACCCAUGCCGACACCUUCCCGUGUCCGCUGGACAUCCACCCAGGCCAGCGCGUCAGGGGCUUCUCGGACGCCUUCGACGACGACCACAAAUACAGCGUCGUCGAGGACUCCCUCGAAUUCAAGAACCCCUUUCCCGAACCGAACCCGCAGCAGCAACUCGAGAUCGAGCAGCGCGGCGCCGUCUUCAGACGGGUCAACACCGACAUCAAUGCCGAAGAGGCACAGAUCCGCAUCACGCGCUCAGCGUCCGACGCCAGAGGCCGCGGCGGCGCCAAUCACCCCAUUGACCGUGUGAGGAGAUGGCUUGGGAUCAAGACUGCCAUCAAGCCCGGGGCGUACAACGGCCUCAAGUAUGCGGCCGGUCUGGCUACGACGCAUGCGACGGCCAUCCUCUCCCAGAAACCUGCUCCGCUGUUCAAGCGGAGAGCUCUCUAUGUCUUGGAAUACGACGUGGACGAUCAAGGUGUCUUACUCUGCGCGCCUCCAAAGCUAUGCGAAAGCGUUUCCAGUCUCCGAAAGCACUUGGAAGAGGGCGACCAGCCUGGUUCCGUGCUCCGGUUAGUCUACGUCUGCAACAAUGAGGAAGCAGUCAACUAUCUGAGCAAUGCGUUCGGCAUCAGCGGCUCCAGCACCGAGACGGGCGAGCGCAGCUUUCGUGACUGGAUGCAAGAUGACCGCGACACACGGCGGGCGUCACACAAGGCCAUUCGAUGGCGACCGGCGUUCGAUAUCGCUCGAGGGGUCAUCUGCACAGCAUUCGGGCUGGAUUUUGGAUCCUUGGUGGUGCCUCGGCAGGGAACUCCUCCACCUCAUCAUCAACAGCACAGUCAACCUUCGCAAACCACCACGGCCUCUCUCUACCGGCAGCGGAUCUCAGUCUACAUGCAACGAGCCUCGUCGCAAGCUCUACCCGGCCCGAGAGUCACGCGCUUCAACUCCGGUUCACGCCAUCUGCAUGACAUGGCCAAGCGCGACACCAUUAUCAUUUGCGAAUAUUCCUCCGGCGAGGCCGGCGAGAUCGUUAGCGCCAAUGUCCUCCUGGGUCUGAAUCCAGGUCCCUUUGCGACUCCUAGUCCCGGCGAUGGCGAGGAGGAGAAGCCAAUUUUGGACCGAAAAGUGUGUACCUCGACGCCCACGCUCCAAGCCGUUCUCUCGCACAUCUUCGACGGCCUGUACCAGCUCUGGCGCGACCAGAUCGCGCUGAUCCACGAACCGCACGCAUCGCUGGAAGACCACAUCUAUGCCCACCCGUCGGAUUCCUCCCGCGCCCGCGACGUCUGGGCCAUGUCGCAGCGGCUGCACAACAUGCUGAAGCUGGUGAACCGGCAUUCCAAGGUUAUCGAGGCCGUGCAGGACGACUUUGCCGUCUUUGCAGAGACGGAGAGACAUUAUCACGACGGCGGCGGCGGAGCCGAAAGGAAAGACCGAGAACCCGGUAGUGGACGCGAUGGCAGAAGGGCCAGUGGCGGUAGCCGUAGUAGCAGUACAUGGUUGACGCCACUGCUGGACGACUUUGAGGUUCUGGCUGAGAAUAUUGGGACGGAUUAUCUGGAGCCGCUGGAACAUAUGAUUGACCUGAUGUACAAGUCCGUCACGAUCCGGGACUCGAAGCAAUCCCUCGAACUCAACGCCAGCCUGUGGCGGCUGAGCUGGAUCACCUUCAUCUUCCUGCCGCUUACAUUCCUGGUCGGCGCGUUCGGCAUGAAUGUCGACGCGUUCCGCCAGUAUCCCAGCUUGAAGUGGUAUUUCGUCGCUGCGGUGCCUCUGAUGCUGGCCGUCUUCUUCCUCUGGUUCGCCAUGCGCCGCUUCGGGCCGGGCCGCCACAGCUCCGGCAUCCUCGAUAUGGCCAUCCUGGGCACUGGGUUGGAGAUUCGCUCGUUGUAG